AUGGCCGUGGAGCAUUUGAUGAAAGAAUUAAGUGAGGCUAGAGUUGAUGAAAAAUUUGGAUUUGAAAGAUUGUUAAAUUUGAGGAAACUGGAGAUCUUGGAUUUGGGUUCCAAUGACUUUGAUGACAAUAAUAUCCUCCACUCUUUGGGUGCUCACACUUCAAUUAAGACUUUGAUUAUCAGUGACAAUGCCUUGGGAGGAUACUUCCCUGCACAUGAAUUAGUAGCAUUGAGAAACUUGGAAACAUUGGAUAUAAGCACCAAUGGUUAUCAUGGCUGUCUCCCAAUGCAAGGUUUUGAAAAGCUGUCGGCUUUGAGAAAAUUGGAGACUCUAAAUCUUGAAUGGAACGACUUUGAUGAUAGCAUUCUGCCAUCUUUGAGUGCGCUUAGAUCCCUUAAGAUGCUUAAUCUCCGUGCAAAUAACAUUGGGGGAUUAUUUCCACCUCAAGAAUUAGCUUAUCUUGGGAACCUGGAAAGGUUGGAUCUAAGUUUUAUUCAAUUUAAUGACAUCCAAGGUCUUGAAGUUCUCUUUUGA